AAAAUAUCACAGUCAGUAUUUGUUAAACAGUUGCAAUUUAGGGAUUAACUCAUUGACAGAACGUAUGUUGGUAUUAUAAACAUACCAGAUAACAAACAACAUUUAAGAAAGAUCGAAUGUACCAAUGAAAGGAAAGAAUUACAUGGGAAUCGAAUGUGAAUAAAGGAUACAUUAUAAUAAGCAAUUCUUUUCACUGAGAAGAAAUGGACCCAACGGAAAGGGGUCGUAAGUUACUGGACGCCAUUAAUAAAGGUGAUGAGAAGAAAGUAGUUGAAUUGGUCAUCAACGGCAAAAGCUUUCACAAGGUGGACUUCAAUGUUAUUGACCGGGGGGACAAUGCUGUCCAUCUGGCAGCCAGGAAGGGAAUGCUGGAUGUCCUUAAAUUACUUGCAAAGAUAGGGGCGGAUCUCGCUCAGCGUAACAUUAAUGGCAACACAGUUCUUCAUUACGCUGCCAAAGAUGGGUAUCUCGAUAUUGUCUGCUACCUCGCCAAGUUGAAAUUGGAUAUGAACCCUUUAAACAAAGAUGGUGAUUCUCCUUUGCACAGGGCCAUUGGCUCACAACCAAUGGACAUUAUUGAGACACUAGUCGAUGUGGGUAUGGAUCCUAAUUUACAGAACUCGGUGACGGGUGACACACCCCUGCAUGUUGCCAUGAAAUUGGGAUCACAAGAAGCAAUGGAGGCCCUUCUGAUCAAAGGCGCAAGGUCCGCGGUGUUAAAUAACGAAGAAAAGAAACCCGAACAUGUCGCCAGAACAAGUACGAUUAAAGACAGUCUUCGAAUGUAUGACUCACUAGCCAUUGCUUAUAAAACUGGCGGUAUCAAAGCGCAAGGUACUCGUGUUACGCGAAAGGAGGUCGAGAAUGGGAUAUUUCUUGACCGCGUUAAUGUCAUUAUUGCCCACAUGGAUAUUCCGGAAGCGUCUUAUACCUACCUAUACUGCCGCAGUGAGCGGGUUGAGAAUUCAACAAUCAAAGUGCCAAAUUUUCUGGAAGAAUUUCCGCUGAGUGACGUGUACAAUUUCAAGAUUUUCAACGUCAAUAAGGAGUGCAACUCUGUGCUGUUCUUGCCUUUAUAUCAGCCGCCAUCUAAAAAAGAACAAAUGAUUUUGCGUUUCAUUGACUCGUCUUACGAAGAUAUGGUCAUAGACGAGUACGUUAGCGAUCAAAAGAGCGUUUACUGUCCAUUGGAAAUAGCUCUUACCCCAGAGACAAUGUAUUACUGCAUUGUAUUCGUUCGUCCAAGAAUUGAAGAACACGAAAUAUCUGAGAAUGAAACAAAGAUAACAUCUGAUAUGGAAAAAGACUUCGUAAUGGAUAUUCAAGGAGAAACGUUUGACACAGACACUGCUUUAAAAUUACAGGUAUUUGAGUCUCAAGAUCCGAACAAUUCUGAUAAAUAUGAGAUGGACAUGUCUGAGGAUGAAGAGGUCUCACCAGAAGCAGAAAUGAAACAAAGACAAGAUGACCAAAUUCUCGUUUCAGAUGUUUUUCAAAUAAAUGUUUCAGGGAACCAGCCAAAGAAGCCGGUUACAGUUCAGAUUCCCAUGUGCAAAGGAAUGAAAGCUGGUGACGAUAUAGUCAUUGUAAGUGGUAAUGAGCAAGACCUUGCCCGGGAAAACGCCUUGGAGGUUUUACCAUUCAAACCAAAGGUUGUCAACACUAGUCUGAUCUUCGAGGUGUCUCAUUUUAGCAUGUUCACUGCAACGUGGAGAAAAUGGGAUGUCGAUAAAGUCAAAGAAGAAUUAUUGAAUGUGAAAGAAAAGCGCAAACCAGUUUCUUUUUACGCAGUUGUGCAAAAAGAUGAGGAAGAUGCGACAGGCCUAGGUCAUAAGUUGAUUGUGGAUUGCUGUCUUGCAAAUAGAAGUCAAAAGACAAGAAACAAAUGGCUAGACCAAGGAUACGAAGAGCAGAACCCUCCUGAAACAGGAGAAAUGAUGACUGUUCUUGGGGAUACAUUCACGAUUGAUGUCGUGGGAAAUGCAAGCUUCGAAGAACCCUCAGCGGAUUCAGACAGGAAAAUUCAGUUUUGGAUAUGCCGCUCUUGCGAACAAGGCUACAACGUACGUCUACAUGUGGGCAUAUUUGAGCAAGAAGAAGCAUAUGGACAUGUAGUUAUUUACAAGAUUAGUGGUGAUUCGAAAACAGAAGUUGCUAGGCUAAGGAUUCUACUAGAACCACCUCAAAAGCCAAAUGAUAAACAGACUGAACCUCAACCAGGAAAGCAGGCAAAGAAAGCCAUUCGCAAGCCCAAACCCCCGAAAAAAUCAAAAGAAAAGAAAGAGAAGGAAACGCCACGUAGAGCAAGCAACGCAUCUACCAGCUCGUCCUUGUGGGAGUGGUUUAACAAAAGAGAACACCGUCCGCCAUCUGCUGUUAUGGAGCCAGUUAAAAAGUGAUCGACAAUACUCAUCUUAUGUUUUAUAUGAAAAUUUGAGAACUUUUGCUGCACUUGUGCUUAUUUUAUUUGUAUGGUUAAGUCAUCUCAUUGGUUGUCCAUUAUUUGCAAACAUUACAUCGCAAAACCAGAUAAAGGUUCAUUUGUAAGUAAGAAAACAUUUAAUACGUAUUGAUAUGCUAUGCUUUCUUGUGCUUACAAGUUGUGUUAUUAAAAAAAUAAUGAGAAAAUCAAAUCUGUAAAUAAAAAGUAUGUACAUAAACUGUGUUAAAAAUUACUGGCUUGUAACUGAUAAGUACCCCACACAUCAAUAGGUU